AUGGGAAAGGUCACAUAUAAAGAUGGAGUCGCCAUUCUCCAACUGGUCGUUUUUCCUUUCAUUCUUGUCGCUUCCAUUUUCAUCUGGAAACGGACAGGCUGGAGAAUCGGCGCAAAGAUCUGGCGAUAUCCCUUCACACUUUCUCUCAUUCGGCUCGCGGGGAGCAUUGCUAGUUUGAUUUCGAUUGAUAACAAUGGCAAGAACGUCGAAAUUGCCGUUUUUGUGUGCGAGUUGAUUGGUAUUGCUCCUCUUUUACUAGCCUAUGUCGGCAUGCUGAGAUUGAUUGAUUUGGAAAAGCACUUUCCUCCUCGUCCUCUCGCUGUGGUGACCCUUAUGGGCAUCAUCGGACUAGUCCUUGGUAUUGUCGGAGUCAGCAAGGCCAAGUCAUUAACUCCAUCAACACUCACCAAAGUCGCUAUGGGCCUCUUCCUGGCGGUAUUUGUUAUCACAAUGCUCCUGACUGUUUGGCUAUUCCAAUCAUAUUCCGUUGGAAUGCUGAGUUAUCAGAAAAAGCUGUUCCUUGCCAUUGCCUUGUCUGCUCCGUUCCUGUUGGUUCGAUUGAUAUACUCAGCUCUGGGCGAUUACACCACUUCUGAGCAUUUCUUAACGAAAUCACUGGUCGCCAAUGACGAAACCAGUGUCACUGUCUACCUCUGUAUGUCUGUUCUGGAAGAAAUUGUUUGCAUGGUCAUCGCUAUGGUCUUUGGCGUCUUGGCUGUUCUUUCGUCCGACUUCGUGAAGCCUAAUCCAGACGGCGAAGUUGAAGUGAGGCAGAAGCAGCAAUCUUAUGGUGUGUGA